AUGAUGAAGAGGCAGCUCAAUCGCAUGCGGCUGCAGUUGUCCCAGACUGGCAGCUCGGGACGUGCCCAAGAGACUGCUGAGUUCCUGAGUGAGGACCUGCUCCAGGUAGAACAGAGACUGGAGCCAGCCAAGCGGGCUGCUCACAAUGUCCACAAGAGGCUGCAGGCCUGCUUACAGGGCCAGAGUGGGGCAGACAUGGAAAAGCGUGUGAAGAAGUUGCCACUCAUGGCCCUGUCUCACACUAUGGCUGAGAGCAUCAAAGAGUUGGAUCCUGAUUCUAGCAUGGGGAAGGCACUAGAGAUUAGCUGCUCCAUCCAGAGUCAGCUAGCUCGAGUCUUGGCAGAAUUUGAGAUGGCCCUGGAGCGGGAUGUCCUCCAGCCCCUCAACCGGCUAAGUGAGGAGGAGCUCCCAUCCAUUCUCAAGCACAAAAAAACCCUUCAGAAAUUGGUAUUAGACUGGAAUGCCUUGAAAUGCAGGCUCAGUCAGAUGGCCAAAACUUCAAGCCUUGGACCAGGUAUGGGGGGUCCUGGGGGUCAUAACACCACAACCAAUAAGCUGGAGACCCUGAAGGAAGAAGAGGAAGAACUAAAGAGGAAGGUAGAGCAGUCCAAGGAUGAGUAUCUGUCCGAUCUCUAUCACUUUGCUACGAAGGAAGACAGCUACGCCAACCACUUCAUCAAUCUGCUGGAGCUCCAGGCCAAUUACCACCGCAAGUCUUUAAGCUCAUUGGAUACAGCCUUGGCUGAGCUGAAGGAGAGUCAUAGCCACACAGAUAGUAGCAGCCACCUGUCAGAUGCUCCCUCCACCCAAGUGUUUGGGGUGGCCCUGAAGACCCAUCUCCAGGAAAUGGGCCGGGACAUUGCCUUGCCUCUGGAGGCCUGUGUGUUGAUGCUUCUGUCUGAAGGCAUGAAGGAAGAGGGCCUCUUCCGGCUGGCAGCAGGGGCCUCCGUGCUCAAGAGACUGAAGCAGACAAUGGCUCUCAAUCCCAGCAGCCUGGAGGAAUUCUGCUCUGACCCUCAUGCUGUUGCUGGGGCCCUCAAGUCCUACCUCCGAGAGCUUCCUGAGCCCCUUAUGACAUUUGAGCUCUAUGAAGAUUGGAUGAGAGCUGCCAAUCAGAAGGAGCUAAUGGCCCGACUUGAGGGCCUCCGAGAAGUAUGUGGAAAACUGCCCAAGGAGAAUCUCAACAACUUGAGGUACUUGAUCAAGUUCCUAGCUAGGCUGGCCAAAGAGCAGGAGGUGAACAAGAUGACUCCAAGCAACAUCGCCAUUGUCCUGGGGCCCAACCUGCUGUGGCCACCCACAAGGGAUGGGGACCAGGCUCAGCUGGACACAGCCUCAGUGUCCUCCAUCCAGGUAGUGGGUGUGGUGGAGGCAUUGAUCCAGAACUCAGACACUCUUUUCCCAGGAGAUAUUGACUUCAAUGUCUCAGGCUUAUUCACUCCCCCCACUAUCCUGUAUCAACCCCACCCCCAAGAGAAGUUGGCCGACGGUCCCAAGUCAGAAGAAUUCCCGGCCACUGCACCCUCUCCAGUGACAUCUCCAGCCUCUCUCCCUUCAGCUGCCCUAGAAAGCUGCCCCUGGGGUCUCUCUCUGGCUAAGAUUCUGAUUGCCAUUUCUCUUUCAUCCCUCAGCAAAGUAGAGUCUGAACCUCCUCCAAGGCCUGCCUCCCCAAAGGUCAGCAGGAACCCUGUUGAAGUUCCUGGACCAGCUGAGGAUACAGCCCGAAAAACCAAACGCCCAGCCCCUGCCAGACCUAUGGUGCCUCCACCCCAGGUCUCAAAUCCCCGAUCUUCACCUCCAACCCUUCCCUCUUCAGCUCCAACCCCAGGGCAACCUCAAUCCCAGCCCCAGCCUCAGCCCCAGGCCCAGACCUCUACUCCAGGGAGUCCAGCUACUCCCAGGGCCCUUCCCCGACGGCAGGCAGGCAGCAAUAUUAAGGCCCCCUCUGUGCCACCUCCAUUGCCUCCUCAACCUCCCCAGCCUGUUCGUCGCCUAAGCCGACCCUCCCCUGCUUCCCCCAACCCCAUCCUCAACCCUGAUGCUGAGACUGAAGUUCCCAGGGAGCCCAGAAGCUCUGAGGGGGGAACCUGUGCAGCCCAAGGAGGAGUCGCCAUUCCUCCCCAGCCCCGGCCUAGGACUCUUGCCUCAGAGACUGACUAAGCCAGGAGCAGCCGACCCAUGGCCACGUCCUCCCUUCAUGGUGCACUGCCCAUCCACUCCCCCAUUGCGUCUUCUAUUCUCUGGAACCUCUUUUCCUUCGGUCUCACCCCCGGUGCCCAUUCCAAUUGGGAGCUCCAGUGACUCAGCCUUUAACUGCCCACUAGAGAGGAUGGAAGUUUCCCAGCCACACACAAGUGCCUCUGGCUCUAGCCCCAGCUGGGCUGGUCCCCUGCCUGGGGAGCUGAGGAGGAGCCCAGGCCCCUUCUGUCUCCCUCUUCUUCUGACACCCCUGGAUCUGGGCAUCCAGGGCCUCUCUCCCCAUUGCCUGGCAGGGCCCGGGCAGGGAGGGAAAGAGAAGAGGAACAGAGAGGGCCCUUAAUUUGACUUCACUGAGAGAGCAGCUAUUUUUCUUUCCUGGAAAUGUUUUGGGGUUUUUUUUUUUUGUUGUGUUUUUUGGUACGGCUUGUAAAUUAUUUUGGAUUAAACUGGAGCACACUCAGCA